AUGACAUUAAUUGCUUCACUCUCUACCAUUCUUUUAAACGCUUUGGUGAUCAUAGCCAUAAAGCAAAGGAAAGAGCUGCAAAACCUUCCACACAUUUUGUUGUCCAGCUUGGCAGUUACAGAUCUUCUAGUCGGCCUUACGGUUAUGCCGCUAUCUAUCACUGUUGAUGUCUUUAUAUUCCUUCGGCUUUCGUUUGAGCAUGUGUGCUCGUUACUGUUGGCGAGUCGUUGUUUUGGCCCCUUUCUCUUCUCAGCUACCUUACAUCACUUGACUAUUAUUGCUUGGGAGAGGUACGUGGCAAUCCAAAAAUGGAUGAACUACAAGAUUAUUGUCACAAAAAGGCGUCUCAAAAACCUUGCUACGGCUGCCUGGCUCUCAGCGCUUCUCCCGUCGGUUCCAGACUUUUUGAUGUUAGUGCUCGGUGUGGAUAGUAGAUUUUUGGCCGCCUGGUUAACUGUGUGGUCUUUUGUAUGGACAGCUUGUGUAAUACUUAUUGCAUAUUUCUACCGAAAGGUUUACCUUGGAAUACGCAAUUUGAAAACAAACGAAAUCAGUCAAGUCAACGCUCUCAUGAAAUUGAAGCGUGAAUCUAAAGUUGCAGUGACGACUGGCUUAUUAACCGCCGUUUUAAUACUCUCUUUUCUCCCAAUAACUGUGGUUGCCUUCUUAGGAAACGUUUUCUUGGUCUUUAAUACAAAUGUCGCUUUCCGAUUUACAUGGGCAGCAACGCAACUGAACUCUUUAUUGAAUCCGCUGCUCUACUGGUAUAGAGAUCGCCGUUUCAGAAUUGCCAUUCUCAAGCUGGUGGGAAUGAAAUCUCCGCCUCAAAAAUUUCAGCCGGCAGUUGAUGCCGCUCGAUUUAUCACGCGAAAGGAUCCUGCGGAGCUCAAUAACAUAGACAAUAAACCUACUAUGCUUGUCCCACAAUCAUGA